AUGUCGAAGCUCAAAUGGAUCCUCGACAAGGCGACCGUGUCCAAUGAACCGGGGCUCGACAAUGCCCAGUUAAUGCUUACGAACGAUGAUUUACGGCCAGUUGAACCAGAACGUCGUCAAUGGACAUGGUUAAACUACAUCGCCUUCUGGAUUGCCGACUCACUUAAUAUUAAUACCUGGAUGAUCUCGUCUUCCAUGAUUGUGGAUGGCUUAUCGUGGUGGCAAUCAUGGAUCUGUGUCUGGAUCGGAUACUUCAUCGCCGCCAGCUUUGUUUGCUUGACCGGUCGCAUUGGUGCUGUCUAUCAUAUAUCCUUCCCAGUCACAGUUCGAGCAUCAUUCGGAAUUUGGGGUUCAUUUUGGCCCGUCAUCAACCGUGUGGUCAUGGCCAUCAUCUGGUAUGGUGUACAGGGCUACAUUGGAGGCGAAUGUGUUACCCUGAUGAUCGAGGCCAUCUGGCCCAGUUACAGGAACUUGCACAAUAGCAUCUCCGCAAGUGCUGGCGUCGAUACCAAGGGUUUCGUCAGCUUUUUCCUAUUCUGGCUCUUAUCUCUGCCAGCAUUGUGGUUCCCAGUCCACAAGGUGCGCCACCUUUUCACCGCGAAAGCUAUAUAUUCGCCUAUUGCUGCCAUUGCUUUCUUUGCGUGGGCCAUUUCACGCGCUCACGGCAUUGGCCCUAUUAUACACCAAUCAAACACUGUUCACGGAAGCGCCUUAGGAUGGACUAUUGUCAAGGCUAUCAUGACUUGCAUUGGCAACUUCGCCGCCCUCAUCAUGAACGAUCCUGAUUUCACGCGAUUUGCUCGAACUCCGAAAGAUGCGCUGUGGUCACAGCUAUUAACCAUCCCAAUUGGUUUCGGAAUCACCUCGUUCAUCGGCAUUAUCGUGUCAUCAUCUUCCUCUGUGAUCUUUGACACCGACCCAGUCUGGAACCCCCUCGACCUCCUCGGCAUGUUCUUGAAUGGUGCGAGUUCCGGUCAGCGUUUCGGCAUCUUCAUCAUCGCGACUGGAUUCGCCCUUGCCCAACUAGGAACCAACAUCUCAGCCAACUCUGUCUCCGCUGGCACGGACCUAACAGCUCUUCUCCCUCGAUAUAUCAACAUCCGCCGUGGUAGCUACAUCUGUGCUGCUCUCGGUCUGGCUAUCUGUCCUUGGAAACUCGUCGCUUCUUCCAACCAAUUCACCACCUACCUCUCCGCCUACUCCCUCUUCCUCUCCGCCAUCGCCGGCGUCAUGAUCUGCGACUACUACAUCGUUCGCCGCGGCUACCUCGACAUCAAAGCCAUAUACAGCGCCAGCAAAACCGACCCAUACUACUACACAUAUGGCUUCUCCUGGCGCGCCUACGCCUCCUACCUCGCCGGAAUCCUCAUCAACAUCGUCGGGUUUGCCGGCGCAGUCGGCCGGGACGUCCCCAUCGGCGCGCAAUACAUUUACAACAUCAACUAUUUCACUGGAGUCCUUGUCUCGGGCGGGGUGUACUGGCUUCUGACGAAGUUUUUCCCCGUUCCUGCGACCAGUGAGGUGUGGAAUGAGGUUGAUAUUGAUGUUGAUGAGUAUAAUGUCGAGUAUGGGCAGGAAGUUGGCGAUGAGGAGCAUUAUUAUGGUGGGCGGAGGUCGAUUACUGAUGAUCAGAAGGGGCUUAGUGCUGCGGCGAAGAAGGUUUGA